CAAAAAAACAUGGCGGCUCAAACUGGGCCGUUAUCUUCGGUCUUCAUGAGCCGCAGUGAUGCUCCUGUCUUUCCUGCGGUGCUUCUGUCCGCGGAGGCCGCCCCGUUCACCCCGCUCGGGACGGACGGUUGGCGGCUCGGCUCACCGUCGGACGUCGAGAAGCAGUUCACCCGCUGCGCCGCGAAGCUCAGAGCCCUGCGAGCAGACUCGAGCCAGCUGAGAGAGGAGCUCAACCUGUUCCUAGACCAGCUCCUGUCCGAAAACUACAACAGAACCUUCGAGCCCAACAUCAACAUCCGACCGGAGGACGUGUGCAGUCUGCUGAAACACAUCAGCUGUCUUGUGCCACUGAGUCAAGAGCAUCUAGUCAUCAAACUGUGCCAGCUAGUGCAUCAUCUACUCAACCAGCUAAAGGUGAUAAUGGACGAGCGGACAUUGGAUGUAUUAUUAAACUACACCACCGGUGCGCUGAAAGUGUGCAGCACGUGGACACACUCGGAUGUCCUCCUGGCUCUCUCCACUAUAGUGUACGGGAAUGGACCUCAGUGCCACCAGCACCUCCGUGACCUGCUGGGUGAAGAUGGAGUCCUCCUGUUGUAUAGUUCUCCAUCGCAGCCGAGUAUGGAGUUACGCCGCGUUGCUCUCACCUGUAUGGCCAACAUCUGUCUCAGGAUCCCUGGUCAGGCACCUUUGGAUGAUCAAUACAGAAGUGUCUCUUUUAGAGUCUUCCUGAAAACACUGCAGUCCUCCAAACCUCCCAACACGGAUGAGCUCUUCUACUGCAUGGUGAUCCAGGCAGCACUGAAGGGACUCCAGUGUUGUCUCUCAGGUGGGAAGUGGAAGUUUGUCGGAGAGGAGCUUGGGUCUGUGCUGGCCGCACUUAAGAGGCUCAUGUUCCAGGGAACUCCGGGUGUGAGUGUCGAGUGGCCAACCGUGCUCUACCCGACACCUCUUCCUCAGUACGAGGCUCUCUCUGCCCCGAAACCCGCCGAACCACCAACAUCCCCAGAACCACCAAAAGAUGCCGCCGUGUCGGGCAAAACCUCGGCGAAUAAAAAGAGGAAAUCCAAAGGGAAGGGGAAGAAGACGAGCUCUGAGGAGAGCAGAGUGGACGACGGAGAGGAAGAGAACCGCGAGACGGUGCCUGCACUUCAGAAAGGAGGGGGCAGAGAGGGAAGCCGAGGUGAGGGAGAGUCCUUGUCUAAAACAUCUGGCCCGUCUCUCUACCCGUCCUGGAAAAGAGCCAGUUCUGACUCCGAGUUUUCCGACCCAGAAGGCAGUGCACAGAGCAAAUUAAGGCUUUACAACGGUCGCAUACGUCAGGGAGCUCUGCACUGUCUGCUAGCGGUGGUGAAAGGCGUCGAGAAGAGGACUCUGUAUGGGUACUGGUCCUCCUUCAUCCCCGACUCUCCUAUUGGGGGGCCGCCGCCUCUCACUCUUAUCACAAUUAUACUAAAGGACCCCUCUCCAAAGGUGCGUGCGUGUGCGCUUCAGGUGCUGUCGGCUAUUCUGGAUGGCUCCCGUCAGUUCCUGGCUGUGGCCGAAGACACGGCGUCCCCUCGUAAAUCUUACACCCCUUUCUCCUUCUUGCUGGCGACCGCCAUCAGAGAACUGCACCGCGCUCUCACUCUGGCUCUGCUGGCCGAGACCUCCCCUCAGACGCUCACACAGGUCAUAAAGUGUCUGGCCUACCUGGUGGCGAACGCUCCCUACCACCGUCUCAGACCUGGUCUGCUCAGCCAGCUCUGGAAGCAGAUGCGUCCCUAUGUGCGCCACAGAGAUGUAAAUGUCCGUGUGUCAGUCCUGACGCUUUAUGGGGCUCUGGUGACAACUCAGGCUCCUCUCCCUGAGGUCCAGCUCCUCCUCCGGCAGCCAGAGAGCAGCAGCAGAACUGGCUCAUUCACACCACAGGACUCUGGUCUCAGCUGGAGACAAAGAGACGGAGUGUCCACGCCCCCCACUCCAGUCAAACCCUCCCUGCGCAGCUCGGGGACACACUCCCCUCAAGUUCCUCGCACGCCGGAGGAGGUGGACAGCGCACCGCCAUGGCUGCUGCAGCUGUGCGUGUCGCUGGUGACUCAGCCUAGAGAGGACCAAUUGGACGGCGAGGGAGCCGGAGGAGGUGCUGCUUUAGAGCCCUCCCCUGUCCGACUAGAAGCUCUACAGGUCAUGUUCCACCUGGUGCAUGGCUACUUCUCUCUAGCACAAGCAUGUCUAUGUGAGAUUGGGCAGGUGAGCACUCGCUGCCUUGGGGAGACAGACCCCUCCAUACAACUGCACGGGGCAAAGUUGUUGGAGGAGUUGGGGACCGGAAUAAUCCAGCAGUACAGAGCAGAGAACAACGUGUCUGAGAGCUCGAGGGUCCCCAUGAGCCAAGUGGUGCUGUUUUGGUCGGACGUUUUGAGCGGCCCGCUGAACGGAGCGCUGCAGAGCGAACAACAUCCCACACUGCAGACGAGCGCCUGCGACGCGCUCUCCUCCAUUCUGCCGCAGGCCUUCUCACAGCUGCCGGACAAGACCCAGCUGAUGUGCAUCACGGUGCUACUGGGGCUGACCUACAGUGAGAACUAUCUGGUGAAGACCGCAGCAGUCAGGGCUCUGGGAGUCUACAUCCUGUUCCCGUGUCUGAGAGAGGAUGUGAUGUUCGUGGCGGAUACAGCCAACACUAUCCUCGCUGCCCUCGACGAUCGGUCUCCAAACGUCCGUGCCAAGGCUGCCUGGUCCUUAGGCAACCUAACGGACACACUUGUUGUUAAUAUGGAGAGUGUAGGUGUGGAUUUCCAAGAAGAGUUAUCGGACAUGCUGCUUCUCAAGAUGUUGCAGGCAGCCACCCGAGCAUCAGCCGACAAAGACAGGGUCAAGGCUAACGCAGUGCGAGCGCUUGGGAAUCUGCUUCAUUUCCUGCGUGAGAGUCAGCUGACCCGGUCUGCGUUCCAACGCCCGCUGGAGGAUGCGGUCCUUGCUCUGGUUAAAACCAUCCAAUCAGAGGCCACUAUGAAGGUCCGAUGGAAUGCCUGUUACGCCCUGGGAAAUGCCUUCAGAAACCCGGCCCUGCCGCUCGACUCAGCCCCGUGGUCUUGUGACGCAUUCUCCUCCCUCUGCCAUGUUGUCAGUUCCUGUAAGAACUUCAAGGUGCGGAUCAAGUCCGCUGCUGCUCUGGCAAUUCCGUCCACCCGCGGCAGCUACGGGGACUCCGAGCGGUUCGGCUGUGUGUGGCGUUCCCUCGCUAAGGCGCUCGAGAACAGCGAAGACACAAACGACUUCUUCGAGUACCGCUACAGUGCCAGUCUGCGGCACACGCUCUCUCAAGCUCUCCUACACCUGCUCGCCGUCAGCCAGUCGCAGGACAUGCCCUCGCUCGGGGCAUCGCUGGCCGGGGAGGAGGGGAGGGGCAUCAAGGAGCAUUUGAUCAACUAUCUUAGAGCGGAGGAGGGAGGAGGAGGAGAGGGGGCAGAGAGGGCAGAGGGAGAGAAAGAGGCAGGGGGGGAGAGUUUUACCCUUCAACAGAGAAUAGGUCGUCUACAGCAGACCCUGAUCAGACUGAAGGAGCUGGAGGCUGAAGGGGACGGACGAGGAGAGGAGGAGGGAAGUAGAGAGAUGGUGGUUCAUUUCCUGGAGGAUUUGCUACAGACCUGUGAAGCUGAGACCACUAAGACUGCUCUCUCAGAGGAGAAACACCUGACCACAAACUAACGUCAUAAUGAGAUCUUCUUAAGUGCAUUUCAAGAUACAAGAUUAUAAUUUAGCUUUUCCUUUUAUAUCCUUUUAUUUAUUGUAUUGCACCUGCACUCUACUAUGGCUUAACAUCUGAUAUACAAAGACGUGUAGUUAAAAUUAUGUAAUGAGAUCAAAUAUAUGAGUAUAAAUCAUGGACUUUCAGUGUAAUCACAUUAUUAUGAACACAUGUAAUUGUUUAACAGAAUUUUGUUGUCCAAGUUAAUUGAGAUGGGAAAAAUCUUCAUUGUUUUCAUGUGAGAGUUUUGUCCGAUUUUAAUGCGUAACAUUGGAACAGUUGAUUGUUUUAUUUGUCAUUUAUCUGCCAUAUUGAAAUAUAUUUUGAUAUAUGAAAAAAUCUCAAUAUAGUUUUAUAUCGAUUCCAAUAAUAUUCUAUUGUAUGAUAUCGGGCAAAGAAUCAUGAUUAAUAAUAAAUAAUUGUACAGAAGUACAUUA